AUGUCUGCGCCUGCAUCGACCGACGCAGAUGGCUUCGAAAGUCGCAUUCAAGAACGCCUCCGCCAGCGAGUGGUGGAGCAGACUGAGCCGCUUGCUACAAUUCCAAGAGAACCCUCGCUCCAACCACACGGACUCAUUCCGAACACACCACUCUCGGUCGCGACCGUGUCCUUCCUCCUGGGUACACUGUUCUGCUUCGGAGUUUUCCUUUUCGCCACGGAUGGAUUCGGCAAAUACUACUGGUGGACCACAUUCCAACUGGGAUUCUUUUUUGCAGCGUGGUCCGCGUUCCAUUGGGGCGAAUUCGCUGUAACCGCAGGAUGGAAUCGAGACAAAUGCAGCGUAGACUCCUUUCUGUUGGAGAACGGGGCAAUGUAUCACAUUGCUCACUCUGUGGCGUUAUUCGAGUAUCUCGUCACACUGUACUUCAAACCUGAUUUGAAGCAAUUCGAAUACUUGUCCUUUGCAGGCAUCGUCCUGACUCUCGUCGGACAAGUAUUGCGAUCUACUGCCAUGAUCCAUGCAGGGUCCAACUUCUCGCACGCGGUGGCUUUCCGAAAACUAGACGGGCACAUCCUGGUCAUCGACGGGGUCUACAGAUGGUUCCGUCACCCGUCUUAUGCUGGAUUCUUCUACUGGGCUCUUGGGACGCAAGUAGCUUUGCAGAACCCUGUUAGCUUCGUUGUCUACCUCGUUGUCCUGUGGAGGUUCUUUUACCGCCGCAUCCGAGCGGAAGAAGCAUACUUGAUCCGUUUCUUUGGUGAUGACUACAAGAAUUAUAGAAAGACAGUCGGCACGGUGAUCCCUUUCAUACCUUGA